AUGUGCGUAGAGUGCUGGCUCAUUGCAUCCUCCGCGUGUAUUGCUGAGAAGCCAUCAAAAUCUUUGCCUGAGCAGGGUCUAAUAGCUCUAUGCAAUCAAUCCAUACACCCCGCGAUAAUACUCGCUCCUAUGAAGAAGCCAGUAUCUGAACAUCCAGGAACCGAAAGUCCAAGAUUUAGCAUCUCGAAUGCUUUCAAAACGUACUCAAUAGUGGAAGUUCGAAAUGCUGAUCUGAACUUCUUUCAUGCUGGAAUAUUUUGCACAACGAGUGCCAAAUGUCGAUCACCUACUGACGCCUUACUCUUGCCCUCCAAGGGCGACUCUAUCAGAGGUCAUAGCGGCUGGCCUCCGGGCAACUGA